AUGUAUUUCUCUCCAGGUCAGUCUCAGUUAAUUGGUCCAUCUCAGCCAAUAGUGGCAACAGUUGGAAAUGACAUAAUUUUGCCAUGUCAUCUUCAACCUGCUGUGGAUGUUUCUGCCAAGACGUUGGAGUGGACAAGACCUGAUCUGGAUCCCAGAUUUGUCUUGGUGUGGCGUGCUAGUCAGGACCUUGUAAAUUUAAAAAAUCCAACCUACAAAGGAAGAACAUCACUGUCCAUUGAUGAAAUGAAGCAGGGGAACCUUUCACUGAAACUCUCCAAAGUGAAGACUUCUGAUAAAGGAAAAUACAGAUGCUUCAUUCCAGACAUGAGUGAAGAGUCCUUUGUUGAGCUUGUUGUUGGUGCUGUCUCUUCACUUGUCAUCAGUUUAUCAAGUAUUGCCAGAUUCAGAGGAGGAGUGGUGUUACAGUGUGAGUCUAAAGGCUGGUAUCCAGAGCCUGAAGUGUUUUGGCUGGACGGUGAGGGAAACCUUCUCUCUGCUGAACCUACAAAGACAGUCAGAGGUCCUGAUGAUCUCUAUACUGUCAGCAGCAGAGUGACUGUGGAGAAGAGACAUGGCAACAUCUUCACCUGUAGAGUCCAACAGAACAACAUCAACCAGACCAGAGAGACAUACAUUAUUGUUUCAGAUGAUUUCCUUAACGUCCAGUCCAGUUCCUCUCAUACCAUAACCGGUUUGGCUGUUGAGACCAAGACAGAUGAAGCAGAAGAAAAGCAACCUCUCAAAGCAGCAGGAAAAGAUGGAGAGACGCAAACAGAAACUACUCUAGAAGACAAAAAGGGAAAAAAAGAAAAGAAGAACAAAUAUUGGCAGCUCCAGUGGCAGUUCAUUGAUAAGAAGACGCUUCAGACCCUGAAGGAGGAGCUAGAGGAGAAGAAACAGAAGAUUGAGACUCUGAAAGCUGAACACAAGGAGGAGGACCUGAAACUGGAAGGCUGGAAGAUACGAGUGACGGUCAACGAUAAAGACCCCAUCAUGUACAUAUUUAAGAAGUCAUUUAUACUCAGAGCUAACAGGAGUGUCACUAUAUGGGUCGAUUUUUGGGGUACCCAUUCUCCUCCCUCUGAGCUGCAAUGGAAGGACCUGAAUCGUUGGACCAAAAGAGACAAACUCCUCUUUGAGCUCAUCAACUGUGAUGAAAAGAUUGUGAAAACCACUGAAGUAUAA